AUGUUUGCUGCAGAGAAGCCUCUCGGACAGUUGGUGAACAUUUUCAGUUCUAGACCAGAAGCCGAGUGGUGAGAGUCUUGCCGGAGCUUGCUGGUUAAAAGAAACUUUAACGUUUCUUUCUACGAACUCCCACAUCCACCGUAAACUUUAGACAAAAUUAUCGGUGUUUGAGUGUACGUGAGUGUGUUUGCGUGUACGCGAGAGUUGUGCGUGUGUGUUUGUUUUAACAAGUUGAGGAAGAAUUCGUGAAUCUCAUUCAGCCAUCGGAUGGCCCGCCCAACAACUACUUUAACAGCGACCAUGAAGUGCUCUUGACGAGAAACUUACUGUUCCACUGUUUGGCUGCCCGUCUAUGCUGGCCACUACUCGAGGGAGAGGAAAAAAGUGUGUGCGUGUGUGUGUGCUACCCUCGAUCAAUAACUCGAACACAGACCUUACUACUCUCUCUCUCUCUACUGUUUGAACAAAACUCUCUCUCUCUAAGGAGUGGGACAUUAAACAACAAAAAAAAAGGGGGAGAAAAUGGCGGCGUGGACUUUAGGAGCCAAUUUGCUUUUCGUUCUAUUGCGGUCGUUUGUUUUGACAGCCGAAUCGAAGAAUGUUUCUCAUCAUAAUAUGCAGCCGACUUUGAGGAGUCUGGUUGUGGCUCACGACGUUCCGGCUGGAUUCAGUAUCGAUCGGUGGGCAUCGACUUCGCCGGAAGCGGAAUACAAGCUCCUCAGGUCGCCUUUCUCUGAUCGUUUCGCUCUAGUCGACAAUGGAUUGCUAAUGACGACAGCUAAACUGGACGCCUUGAUCCACCAUCCGCAACCGUUGACGCUCUACCUGGCCGAGGACGGCCCAUCUCGUAAAUCCACCCACGCCGUCCAGCUCUACGUUGUCGAUCGGCAGCAUCUCAUCCGCUUCGCGAAACCCACCUAUCGAGCCCACGUGACGGAAAAUGCUCCGGCCGGAACGCCCGUCGUUGUUGACGGGCUAUUCGUUAUGGCCGAGAAUGGCAGUCAGGUGAAGUUCGACAUCAUGAGCGGCGGAUCUGAUAGUUUCCGGAUCGAAAAAAUGGAAAAUGCCAACUGCACGAAUCAAACGAGUGCGCGACUGGUCACCCGUCGGCCGCUGGAUCGUGAGAUUCAAUCCGUUUACGACCUAGUUGUGCGAGCUGUGAGCAGUCAUCCGCCCGGAACGGCUACUUGCCGGGUCAUCAUCAGCAUCGACGAUGUCAACGACAACCGGCCCAUUUUUUCAGCUCUCGAGUACCAUUUCGAGGUGCCAAAGACGGCCAUGAAAUACGACCGCGUGGGACGUGUCAAGGCUUUUGACGCCGACGGCGAUCACGCCAUCUUCCGACUGACGUCGGCCAGUAAUUCGUUCGUCAUGAUCCCGCAGACGGGUGAAAUCAUUUUAAUCGACGCUCAACUGCCGUCGAGCAACCGCACUUACGUUUUGCAAGUGGCGGCCAAAGAUCGUCGAGAUCCCGGCUGGGAAACCGAACAAGCGGCGCGCAUCUUCAUCCGCACAGCUGACAAUGAAGUGGACCAAGACCAAGAAAAACACAACGUGGUCAAACGUCGAGCGCCACGAGCUCUUCGUCCUACAAAACGGAUCGAAUUCUCGGAGGCGGAUGGCGCGCCGGAAGGCAAACUGAUGUUUGCUCUGGACAAACCGAGCGAAAAGGAACGUUUCAAAGUUCGUGACGACAACCCGUGGGUGACUGUCGAACCCAACGGCAACGUGCGCGUUAAACGCAAGUGGGACUACGAGGAGCUCGGCCCGGAGAAGACCAUCGACUUUUGGGUGACCAUCACCAACAGCGAGGGCGGAGACACGGACAAUCAGCGCGUGAUUGUGCAGGUGAAGGAUGUCAAUGAUGAGCCGCCUUACUUCAUUAACCGGCCGUUGCCCAUGCAAGCCGUCGUCCAGCUUAAUGCACCUCAAAACACGCCCGUCUUCACGCUGCAGGCUCGUGACCCCGACACGGACCACAACAUCCACUAUUUUCUCGUCCGCGAUAGAACCGGCGGUCGGUUUGAGGUGGACGAACGUUCGGGCGUUGUGCGCACCCGAGGCGGUGAACCUUUCCAGCUCGACAUGGAGUACGUCCUCUACGUCAAAGCCGAAGAUCAAAAUGGCCGAUUAGACGAGCGACGCUAUCAAUCCACGCCGGAAGAGCGGCUUUCUAUUGUCGGAGGCAAACGACCACCACAAUUUUACAUGCCCAGCUACGAAGCUGAAAUCCCCGAGAAUCAGAAAAAAGAUUCCGACAUCAUUUCGGUGAGGGCUAAAUCGUUUGCGGAGCGCGAAAUCCGCUACACUUUGAAAGCGACUGGACAAGGCGCCGGAACGUUCAACAUCGGGCCCACCACCGGCAACGUUCGAUUGGCCAAAGAUUUGGAUUUUGAAGAUUUACGUCAACCGCACGUCUAUCAGCUGCAAGUGACGGCCACCGAAGAUUCAGGUGGAUUCUCCACAUCGGUCGAGCUAACGAUUCGCGUAACGGAUGUCAACGAUAACGUACCCAAGUUUGAAUUGCCCGACUACCAGGCGCACAACAUCGACGAAGACAUUCCCAUCGGCACGUCCAUCCUCAAAGUGAAAGCGACCGAUUCUGAUUCCGGAUCCAAUGCAGAAAUGGAAUACUCGGUCUCUGACGAUCAUUUCGCCAUCGAUUCCAACGGCGUCAUCAGCAACGGCAAACAGCUGGACGCUGAUAACAAUAACGCCUACUACGAAUUCACCGUCACGGCCAAGGAUAAAGGCGAGUCGCCUAAAUCCGGCACGGCAACGGUGCGCAUUUACACCAAGAACAAGAACGACGAAGAGCCGAAAUUCUCGCAGGGCGUUUACACGCCCAACGUGGAUGAAAACGCCGGACCCAACACGUUGGUGACGACUGUCGUCGCUUCCGACAAGGAUGGAGACAACGUCCGUUUCGGAUUCGUUGGCGGUGGCACCCGAUCGGGCCAAUUUGUCAUCGAGGAACUGACGGGCGUCAUCCGUCUGCACAGCGGGGGGAUCAGUUUGGAUCGCGACAAGUACGAAUUGAACGUGACGGCCAUUGACGAUGGCGCCUGUUGUGGCGGGACCGGAUUGACGCACACGUCGACGGCUGUCGUCGUUGUCUUCAUCACGGACGUCAACGACAACAAGCCCGUCUUCUCGGAAUGCAGUUCGUAUAGCCCGAAAAUCGAAGAAGGAGCUCCCAACGGCAGUCCAGUUGUCCGUGUCCAGGCUACCGAUGCCGAUAAGGGCGUCAACGGCCAAGUCAAGUAUUCCAUCGUCCAGCAACCCAACCAGAAAGGCACGAAAUUCACCGUCGACGAAGAAACGGGCGAGAUUUUUACAAACAAGGUGUUUGAUCGUGAAGGAGACGAUGGUAAAUUCGUUUCGGUGACGGUCAAGGCCACCGAUCAGGGCGACCCAUCUUUGGAGGGCGUUUGCUCCUUCACCGUUGAGAUAACUGACGUCAACGAUAACCCGCCCCUGUUCGAUCGACAGAAAUACGUGGAAAAUGUCAAACAAGACACGAACAUCGGGACCAACAUUUUACGCGUUUCAGCCUCGGACGAAGACGCCGACAAUAACGGCGCCAUCGUCUACAACCUGACGGCCUACAAUUCACAGGAUCUGGAAUACUUUACUAUCCUACCCGAAUCCGGCUGGAUCGUCCUCAUCAAACCGCUUGACCGCGAGACUUACAAAUUGGAAGCAGUGGCUCAGGAUCGCGGUUUCCCGCCUUUAUCGCGCACGGUCGAAGUCCAGAUUGACGUUGUCGACCGGGCCAACAAUCCGCCCGUCUGGGACCAGGUCGUCUACGGCCCGAUUUUCGUCAAAGAGAACAAGAAUGUCGGCGAUAAAGUCGUGUCGGUCAAAGCCAGUUCGGGAAUUGAAGGCAAUCCGACCGUCUUUUACCGACUGAUUCGAGGGUCGACAGCUCAGACUAACAAGUACGACACGUUCUACUUGCAACAGCGAGCCGAUAACGGCCACACUUGGGCUGAUAUCAAAGUCAAUCAUCCGCUGGAUUACGAGAACAUCAAAGAAUACAAUUUAACUAUUCGUGUCGAGAACAACGGAGUCCAGCAGCUGGCCAGUGAGGCCACAGUGUACAUCGUCCUGGAAGACGUCAACGACGAUAUCCCGCUGUUUACCGAACGUGAACAAGAGACGGUGCUGGAAGGCGAGCCGAUUGGAACGGGCGUGACGAGAGUCAACGCCAUCGACAAGGAUGGAACGUUCCCCAACAAUCAGGUUUAUUACGGCAUCGUCGAUUCCCCUCGUAACGAAGGCAAAGAUUACUUCGAAAUCAACGAGCAGACGGGCGAGAUCUUCACCAAAGUUGUGUUCGAUCGUGAGAAACAGGCUGCCUACGCCCUCGAGGUGGAAGCCAGAGACGGAGCCCCUUCGGCUAGACCCAACAGCAACGGUUUACCCAACACAGUGACCAAAUUCAUCCGUAUUGGCAUUGCCGACAAGAACGAUAAUCCGCCCUAUUUCGACAAGACUCACUACGAGGCUGAAGUGGACGAGAACGAGGACAUCCAGCACACUGUGCUCACCGUCACUGCCAAAGAUCUCGACGAAUCCUCGAAAAUCCGUUACGAAAUCACCCGUGGUAAUUUGGGAGGAGCUUUCGCCGUCAAGAACAUGACGGGCGCUAUUUACGUUGCCGGACCGCUGGAUUACGAGACCCGUAAAAGAUACGAUCUGACUUUGGUGGCGUCUGACAGUCUAAACGAAAGUGUUACUCGAGUGGUAAUCCUCAUCAAGGACUCCAAUGACUUGCCGCCCAUCUUCAAUCAGACAAUGUACACCGCCCACGCCUUGGAGGAGCUUGCAGAUCCUCUCCCUUUUAAACUUCUACAGGUGACGGCUACCGACGGUGACAAGGAUCGCGAACAGAAUAUUGUCUAUUUCCUAACGGGUCAGGGUAUCGAUCCGGACAAUCCAGCCAAUAGCAAAUUCGAUAUCAACCGGACAACUGGCGAAAUUUACGUUCUUAAACCGCUGGAUCGUGAUCAACCCAACGGGCGGCCUCAAUGGCGUUUCACUGUAUUCGCCCAGGACGAGAAAGGCGAAGGUCUUGUAGGUUAUGCCGAUGUCCAGGUCAAUUUAAAGGAUAUCAACGACAAUGCUCCGCUCUUCCCGCACGGCGUCUACCUGGGCAAUGUAACGGAAAACGGUACGGCCGGCAUGGUUGUCAUGACGAUGACGGCCGUCGAUUAUGACGACCCCAACGAAGGUUCCAACGCCAAAUUGACUUACUCGAUUGAGAAGAACGUCAUUGACGAAAACACGGGCAUGCCCAUCUUCGAGAUCGAGUCGGAAACUGGAGUCAUUAAAACAGCAGUCCCUGGACUCGAUCGUGAAAAGACACCCGACUACUCGAUUCAAGUGGUCGCCAUGGACGGUGGAGGUCUCAAAGGAACUGGAACGGCGUCUAUUAGGGUCAAGGAUAUCAACGACAUGCCGCCGCAAUUCACCAAAUCAGAAUGGUACACCGAAGUGGACGAAACGGACGGCAUCGCAUUACCGGACGCUCCCAUCUUGACCGUCACUGUUCACGAUGAAGAUGAAACCAACAAAUUUCAUUACAAGGUCAUUGAGAGCAGUGGAUUCGGAGCUGACAAGUUCACUAUGGUGCGCAAUAAUGACGGAACUGGCUCGCUCAAAGUUGUCCAGCCGCUUGACUAUGAAGAUAAACUUCAAAGGAACGGAUUCCGUUUCAUGAUCCAAGUCAACGACAAGGGCGAAGAUAAUGACAACGACAAGUAUCACGUCGCUUACUGUUGGGUGAACGUCAAAUUGCGUGACAUCAACGAUAAUAAGCCGCUUUUCGAGAAAGCCAAUAUCGAGACUUCCGUCUAUGAAAACGCUGAAGUUGGCAAAAGCUUAGAGACGUUCCGAGCCACUGAUCCGGAUCAAGGGGGUAAAAGCAAAGUGUCGUUCGCUAUUGAUCGCGCUUCCGAUCGUCGACGUCAGUUUGCCAUCAAUCAAAAUGGCACCGUCACCAUCCAGCGACACUUGGACCGUGAAGACACUCCACGUCAUCAGGUCAAGAUUUUGGCCAUCGAUGACGGAGUCCCACCGAAAACGGCCACGGCCACGUUGACCGUCAUUGUGCAAGACAUCAACGAUAACGCGCCACGAUUCCUCAAGGAUUACCGGCCAGUUCUUCCGGAACAUAUGCCACCAAGAAAAGUUAUCGAGAUCUUGGCCACUGAUGAUGACGAUCGUUCGAAAGGAAACGGACCCCCGUUUUAUUUCCGUUUGGAUCCCAACGCCGACGAUGAAAUCCGAGCUUCGUUCAAGAUCGAACACGAUCCCAAGGGAGCCAAUGGAGAUGGAAUGGCCAUCGUUUCGUCGUUGCGUUCGUUUGACCGAGAACAGCAGAAAGAAUUCCACGUGCCUAUCGUUAUCAAGGAUUCAGGCAAUCCGGCCAUGUCUGGCACAUCCACUUUGACAGUCAUCAUCGGUGAUGUCAACGACAACAAAAUGCAAGCGGGUGCCAAAGACAUCUUCGUCUACAACUACAUGGGUCAGGCACCGGAUACAGAAGUGGGACGAGUGUACGUCUACGAUCUGGACGAUUGGGAUUUGCCGGACAAGAAAUUUUAUUGGGACACGAAAGAGCAUCCGAAUUUCUCUCUCCAUCAGGACACUGGCAUGUUGACAAUGCGCCAUGGAACGCGUGACGGCAAAUACCAUCUUCGUUUCCGCGUCUACGAUCGCAAACAUACUCAAGUCGAUGUGCCAGCCAAUGUGACCAUCACCGUUCGAGAGAUUACCCACGAAGCUGUGACCAGUUCAGGUUCCAUCCGCAUAGCUGGCAUUUCAGACGAAGAUUUUAUCCGCAUUUGGGAUUAUAAGACGCAAGACAUCGUUAAGAGCAAAAUCGAUAAGCUGCGAGAUAAAUUGGCUCAGCUUUUGGCAGUUGAUCGGGAAAAUGUUGAUAUUUUUAGCGUCCAGUUACGUCAACAACGUCCUCCUAUUACUGACAUUCGUUUCUCUGCUCACGGCUCUCCUUUUUAUAAACCAAUCAAACUCAAUGGCAUUGUGCUCCAGUACAGAGAAGAGAUCGAAGCUGAAGUUGGUAUCAAUAUCACAAUGGUGGGCAUCAACGAAUGUCUAGUCGAAAACAAAGCUUGUGAAGGAUCCUGUACCAAUAUUAUGGAAGUCAGUACGUUGCCGUACCUGAUCAAUGCCAAUAAAACGGCCCUAGUGGGCGUUCGGAUCGAUAUCCAACCAGAAUGCACGUGUGGUGCCCGUAAUUUUACUCGGGACGAAAGCUGUCGCAAUAAUCCUUGCCACAAUGGCGGCCGUUGCAUCGAAGGCCGUUACGGCGUCACAUGUCAAUGUCCCAGUGGUUAUGACGGGCCUCGCUGUCAACAAACGACACGCACUUUCCGUGGCACUGGAUGGGCCUGGUAUCCGGCGUUGGAAAUGUGUGAAAGUUCUCACCUUAGCAUCGAGUUCCUCGCCAAGAAACCGGAUGGAACGUUGCUCUACAACGGACCAAUGGUGCCACCGGAAACGGAAGAGACUCUCAUUUCAGAUUUUAUUGCAUUGGAGUUGGAAUCUGGUAAUCCGAGGUUAUUGAUCGACUUUGGUUCUGGAACGCUGGAACUCAAGAUCAAACUGAACAAGACGACACAUCGGUUGGAUGACGGUGACUGGCAUCGUCUCGACAUCUUUUGGGACACUGAGAACGUCCGCAUGGUGUUGGAUCUUUGUCGUUACGCAACGAUCUAUGAGCCGGAAGACGGAACCGCCUCGGUGUUUAAUACAUCCGCUUGCGAAGUCAAAGGUGUCAUCCCACCAUUCAACGAAUACCUGGAUGUCAGCUCGCCAUUACAAAUAGGCGGUGUAUCUCAUGCGUCCCUCGAUCCAUCCCAAUUCCGCUGGGAUCAUCUGCCUCAUGGCAAGGGCUUCAGCGGUUGCAUCCGCAACUUUGUUCACAACAGCAAGAUCUAUGACCUCGCGGAGCCUGGAAUGUGGCAAGGAAGUACACCCGGAUGCGCUCCGCUAGACGAAUUAUGCUCUGGCAAUGAGAUUUCAGGCCCGGGUGUUACGUCUUUUGGCCGACCAGUCUCUUCCGGCUGCGGCGAACAUGGCAGUUGCGUCGGCUCGUUAUCAGAGCCGCGUUGCGAAUGUCGUCCAGGUUGGACUGGACCUGGAUGCAACCAGGAAACCAUUCCGGCUACGUUCAAUCCACAGAGCUAUGUAAAAUAUGCUCUAUCCUUCGAGCCCGUUAGUUUCAUCACAGCCAUCCAGCUGCGCUUCAGGACGCGAGAAGAACAUGGAGAACUCUUCCGCGUGUCCGAUCAGCACGCUCGCGAAUACGGCAUUUUGGAAAUCAAGGACGGCCGGUUGCGAUUCCGUUUCAAUUUGAACAGCUUGAGAACGGAAGAAAAGGAUUUGUGGUUGACGUCCAUCACCGUCAACGAUGGCCAAUGGCACACGGUUAAAGUUAGUCGUUACGGUUCGGCCGCCAUGUUGGAAUUGGACGGUGGUGAAGGCCGUCGUUACAAUGAAACGUUCAUCUUCGAGGGUCACCAGUACAUGCAAGUCGAUAAGCAAGAGGGUGUCUACGCUGGUGGCAAGGCAGAAUACACGGGCGUCCGCUCUUACGAAGUCUACGGCGACUAUCAGAAAGGAUGUUUGGAUGAUAUCCGAUUGGAAUCGAAACCUCUUCCAUUGCCUCCGGCAUUGAAUGGAACUCAAUGGGGACAGGCAACUACUUCGCACGGUGUUCGCCGCAAUUGCCCGUCCAACAACCCAUGUUCCAACGUCAUCUGCCCACUUCCAUUCGAGUGCAAUGACUUGUGGAUGGACUAUGAAUGCAGUUGUGGUGAGUCCAAGGUGAUGACACUGGACGGCAAGGGCUGCAUCGACCGUGAUGAAUGUCUUACCAACCCGUGUCUCAACGGUGGAAUGUGUAUCAACCGUGAGCCGUUCUACCUGUGCGACUGCCCGGAUGGCUAUUUGGGCGAGAACUGCGAGUUCCACCAGCAAGGCCAAAUCGUCAGAUUGAGCAUGGGUGCUUUGGCCGCUAUUCUGGUCUGCCUCCUGGUCAUUCUCAUUAUGGUGCUGAUUUACGUGGUGUACAGCCGUCGAAGGGAAUCGACAGUUCGCUAUGCCGGUCCUGAUGACGACGUCCGCGAAAACAUCAUCAACUACGAAGACGAAGGCGGUGGUGAAGAUGACAUGACAGCCUACGAUAUCACGCCCCUUCAAAUUCCAAUUGGAGGCCACGGAUUGGGACUCGGUUACGAUACAAUGAAAGGAGGCAAAAUUCCAUAUCACUCUCCUGCCCCAAUGAUGAUGAGUGGCGAGCCGAACGUUGGUGUCUUCAUCGACGACCAUAAAAGAAGAGCCGAUACGGAUUUAAAUGCUCCGCCUUACGAUGAUUUGCGUAACUACGCCUACGAAGGUGGUGGCAGUACAGCUGGAUCUUUAUCAUCCCUAGCGUCUGAAGACGACGAACAGGAUUUUGACCACUUGAACGGCUGGGGCACGCGGUUCCAGAAGUUGGCUGACAUGUACGGCGAUGGCGACAGCGAAGAGGAAGAGGAUGAAGAGGAAGAAGACAUUCACUAGAGGAAAAGACGAAAACAAAAGAGUCGGAUUGGUAAAAGAGAAAAAGAAAAGCUGUGCCCUCUCACCCCCUCCUUCUUCAGCACUGCGCUCAAGCUGAUUCCAUUCCUAUCUUCUUGUUUUGUUCCCUCCUCCCUCAAAGAAAACCACCACCCCACUAUGAGGUCGGCCCAAAAUGGUGUCCUCAAUAUUGUCAACAAUCUGGUCAAAUGUGUGAAAAACAUUCCAAAGGAAGGAAAAUGGAGAAAACGGACGACGAACGGAAAUGAUUUCAUUUUUCGGCAACCCGUCACGUUUAAGCGGCUUGGCUGCUCAAUUUUUCUAGAUUUUCAAAACAAACAACUAAAAAAAAAAAAAUGAAAAAUUAUUAGUAAAUAUUUUAGAGAAACAAAAAAAGCGCGAAUCCUGCGUGAUCGUCUUUUGUUUUUCCCAAAAGAUUUAUGAUUUUAACACAUUUCGUGCUGUAGGUUUGGUUUUGAUGAUGUUUCACUCACACACAAUUUCACGUUUUUUUUUUUUGUUUUGUUUUUUUGAAUUUUUCCGCCCUCACCUUUGAUAGAUUUUCUAUUUCGAAUGUUGCCAAUUUUGAGCGAGACGACGUAUGCUUAUGAAAAGGUGUCGCUGUAUUUUUGUUAGUUUAUCGCAAAACUUUUUUUGGACAAUACUCGUAGGCUUCCCAUUCUCCAGUUGCCACUCGUUUCUCUAUUGGGUUUUUUAGGGGAUUCAAAACAAAAAACAAAGAAGGAAAUCAAAGAGUGCUAUUCCCAUUCUCGCUCGGACCCUAUUUUCCUCUCGUCCUCUUAGAUUCUCUAAUAAUACCGUUCCUAAAUCCAGCGAAAUGAAAAGACAAAAAAAUUCAAUAAUUAUGCGACGUAGUUGAGACAUUUUUCUUAUAGAUCCUUCUUCUAAUUGAUUGGGUUGUUUUUCGAUUUUUAUUUGGAAGGCGAAAUUCGGCUCGUUGUGUAUCAAUGUUUUGUAGGGUGGGGGGGGAUGACGCUGCUGUGCAUUCAUUCUUGUUCUUUAUUGCAUGAUCUCAGUCGUUAUGGUACAGAGUGCCGACUAUGUGCGAGCCAAAAAAGGGAAGAGGAAAAAACAUUUUGCGCGCAGAGAUUCACUGCCAAAUGCUACACAAGACGAAAUAACUCAUCAAAAAGAAAAUCCCUUUGCUGACCAUUUCUUCUUUCUCCAUACUGUGGGCAGUUUUCAAUCAAUAGCUUUUAUUUAUAUUUAUCGACCCAGGCGAAAAUCCAAUAAAAUUCGACCAGUCUUUUCAAUCA